GCCUCUUGCAGCAGCAGGAGUGCGUUUGAUACAAGAGACGGUGCAGCCAUGGGUCUGACCCGGGGAUUUAAAUUCUUGGACACAGUGGCACGCUUUGUUGCUCAGUGAGGAUGGAAAGAAGACGAGGAGGAUCUUAACAAACCCACCAGGUAGCAUCGUUUCAGCACAAGGAUGCCGCUGGUGAAGCGCACCAUCGAGCCCAGGCACCUGUGCCACACAGUCCUGCCAAGGAACAUCAAGAAUGAGCUGGAGUGCGUGACCAACAUCUCCUUGGCCAGCGUCAUCCGUCAGCUCAGCAGCCUCAGUAAAUAUGCAGAGGACCUUUUUGGAGAGCUGUUCAAUGAGGCCCAUUCCUUCUCUUUCCGGGUCAACUCUCUGCAGGAGCGGGUGGACCGCCUCUCAAUCAGCGUCACACAACUGGACCCCAAAGAGGAGGAAUUGUCUCUUCAGGACAUCACCAUGAGGAAGGCCUUCAGGAGUUCUACCAUUCAGGACCAACAGCUGUUUGACCGCACCUCUUUGCCAGUCCCGCUGCAGGAGAGCCUCCAGACCUGCGAGCAGCCGCCGCCCCUCAACAUCCUCACACCCUACAGGGAUGACGGUAAGGAAGGACUGAAGUUCUACACGGAUCCAUCGUACUUCUUUGACCUGUGGAGGGAAAAGAUGCUGCAGGACACGGAGGACAAGAGGAAGGAGAGGCGGAAACAGAAGCUGGAAAUGCCUUAUCUUGUGUGUCCCAAGAGUCUUUCUGAAACCCCUCCUCCCUUCCUUACUCCCCCAGAGUUGCAGGACCCCCGCAUGUAUGAUCAGGUCUAUAGGUACUUAGACCUUCCAGGGCAGCUGAAGGCGAUCGACCGCCCGCCGGAGCUGGACAAAAUACCACGGCAGCCGCACGAUCGCAAGAAGGAGUGGCAAAAACUGGCGCUGGGCGCAGAGCUCGCCCAGGACGCAGCAGAGGACAAACACAGAGAGGUCAACGGUUCGGCCGGUUACCACGACAACAACAGGGCUCCUCUGUACAUGGAGCAGCUGGACGGGCCCUUCUCGCUGGCGGCGCUGCCCUACAGCCAGAUGAAUGAGCUGCUGAACCGCACCGGGGACAGAAUGUAUUCCCGACCCCAUGACCCUCCGCCGCCUCCACCUCCCGGGCACCCGCUGGGAGAGAUUAAGCCUCCCUCUGUGAUCAGCUCCAGUUCAGGUUUUUCCGACAGCAGACCUCAGUCUCCGGCGAGGACAGCAGGCUUCAACUCCAGCACUCCUCCGCCUCCUCCACCCCCACUUCCACCCCCUCCUCCCCCCUUACCCUCCACGGGCCUGCGGGGCACCCCUCCCCCUCCUAUCCCUCCCCUGCCAGUCCAGCAUCAGCCUCCAGCCAUCCCGCCUCCCCCUGCUCCACUUCAGAUCGCCCCGGGCGUUCUCCACCCGGCCCCGCCGCCCGUGGCGCCGCCCCUCCACUCCUCGUCUCCAGCCCGUCUCCACCACGUCCUGGACAAGGGCUCUGGGACCCAUUCAGACGGCACCAUCCUGCCUCCUCCCCCACCGCCACCUCCUCUGCCCCUCCCCGGAGCGCGGAGCUCGCCGCCCUGUUCGUCGGGUCCUCCGCCUGUGCCGGCUUUCCCCUCAGCCGGAGCCAUGGCCUUCCCGCCACCGCACACCACUCACGACGUGGUGACCAAGAGGCACCAUCCAUCCAACCUGCCGCCCAUCAGCGACGCACGCAGCGUCCUGCUGGAGGCCAUCAGAAAAGGCAUCCAGCUGCGAAAAGUGGAGGAGCAGCGAGAACAGGAGGCUAAACACGAGCGGGUCGGGAACGACGUGGCCACCAUCCUCUCGCGGCGCAUUGCUGUGGAGUACUCCGACUCCGAGGAUGAGUCGGAGUUUGACGAAGGAGACUGGAUGGAAUGAUGGAGGGAAAACAAGAGAAAUCAGCGUUGGUGGUUGAGGACAAAACAUUUUCAGGUGCCCCGGCCUCCACGGCUCACCGUCAAAGAAGAGAAGCGUCUUGUCAUAUCUCUGUUCGGUGGAGAGUCUCCACGUCAUUCUCAUUCAUCUGUCUGGUGUUUCAUAAGCAGAGUUUUCCCUCUUUUCUACUGGAUUUCUUGUUGUGAAAUCCCCCACAUGUUUACUGUUAGACAAGAAAAUAACUACUUUUGUGUUCAAUUAAAAAAAAAAAAAAA